CUCCAGCACAAAGUCAGAACUGAAACUUAAUCGUGCAAGGGCAGUUGGAAAGCUGAUCUCAACAGAAGAAACACUUGUGUCUUAGCAGAACAAAGCAGCUUACCUUGAUCUCAUUGUUUGCUCUUCAAUAUGGCUGCACCAAGCACUCUGAGGAUCAUUCUGCUUGGGAAAAGUGGAGUCGGGACAAGCAGUCUGGGAAACACCAUAUUAGGAAGUGAUGAGUUCCCAGUUAGAAAAUUUCCCAAGCCUGAGUUCAUUUCCUGCGAAGCACGGAUUGGGUCUAUUCAUGGAAGAAACAUCACUGUGGUGGACACUCCAGGUUUCUUUUGCCCAGAGAGAUCUGAAGAGGAGCUGAAGAAGGAGAUCCUGAGGUGUACCACAGAGUGUGCUCCUGGGCCCCACGCUUUUCUGCUUGUGUUUAAAAUAGAGAAAUUCACGAAGCAGGAGGAAGAGGUCAUAACAAAGAUAGAGGAGUAUUUUUCUUCAGAGGUUUUCAAGUUCGGUAUCGUCAUUUUCACACAUGGCAACCAGUUAUCUGACAACACCAGGAUCGAGACGCACAUCUCCCAAAACAAACGCCUGAGCAGCCUGCUGGAGAAGUGUAGCGGACGCUGCCAUGUGGUCGACAACAAAUACUGGAGCCAGAACCAGCUGGAUGAAUACAGGAACAACCAGAAGCAGGUGGAAGGACUGAUCCAAACGAUAGAAGAGCUUGUGAGACAAGCUGGAGGAGGAUGCUACACCACAAAGAUGAUGCAAGACUGGCAGAAAAAACAAAACGCAUUAGGGAAAUUUUAUGACAUAAUCAGAUACAUGUGGAGAUACCCAAUACGAUUUUGUCUUGGUGCUGUUGUGCUUACAGUUGUGUUUUUUAUUUAUAGGAGAGGGAUUUUCACAGAUCAUUCACUUUACUAAAACAUCAGAUCAGUAAAAUGUUCCAGCUUCAUUAAAAGGUAGAAACUAACUCCAGCUGUUGCCUCUGACUGCAUAAGGAUCAGAUUAUUUCGAAUUAUAAUCAAAUUCAAAAAGAGAUUCCAAGAAAGGAUGUUUCUUGGAUUCCUUGUUAACAUAAACAGUUGAACAAGGAAACACCCAGUAAGGCAUAGGUGUGAUCCUAAUUUAUAAAAGAAUGUCUGACACAGAUCAUGCAGGUAAAGAAUGUAACAGAGGGGAUAUUUGCCACUGUAAUUUAUGUGAAGUUUUCCAAAAUUUAGCAACCCCCUCCUCUUUUUGAACUUUUUAAUAGGGCUGUGAAUGCUGACACGUUAACGCAUGCAAUUAAUAAAAUAUAAUUAAUUCAUCAAUAUUUAUUAAUCGAGCUCAGGCGUCCUACCAUCCAGCUGUGAGAUCAGCGUAAUAAAACUCAGACUAAAAUAAACGUAAGCUUUUUUUUACAUCCUGUGAGUGAGAUUUUAUUAAAUUAAAGAGAUAAUAUGGCAUUUAUUUUUUGUUUUUGGACAAAAACAAUAAUUUAUUUUAAUGAAAAAGGCAGAGAACAAAAGUCCAUGUAAAGGCUUUAAUGUAGCAGAACAGCAGUGCACUCGCAACAACAAAGAGGCAACUGAUGAUUAUUUUAUUUUGUAAUGUGGACCUACACAAAUUUUCCGUAAUAACAAGCACCUGGGUCAUCUAUAAAUUGAGGUAACUCUGCGGUUCUCCGCAAAAGAAAGAAAAAGAAAAAAGGGAGAGCAUUCCAGAGUUUAGGAUUUGCUGCUGAAAAGGCGCUGUCUACCCUGGUCACAAGCCGAGUCCUGGGAUCCAUUAAAAUAAUUUGAUUUCAGAUCUUAGGACUCGACGUGGGAGAUAAAAAUUAAAAGGUUCUGAA